UGUUGAAUUUUGAUUUUUGCACUCCCCGCUUGCGAGCAAAGAAAACGGUUGUUCGCGAAAUAAAACGGUCAGGCGUCGACAGCUUGUUAUAAACAGUAGGCGCGAAAUAGAAAUAAAAACAGAUUAUUCUCAAUACAAUUGAAUGAAAAUAAAAGAUACAUUAGUGGGAGUCCUAGUUAACGGUAUUUUCUUGUAAAGUAACAUGGAGUCAAAAAUACCCAAACCAUCGUUUUUGAAGAAGCCUACGGGAAUGGCCAGUUUGCCUGGUAAUGCUCGAUUGCCUUUGACAGAAUUGCAAAAUGCACCGAUGGAAUUGGAUUUUCAUGGGAAACGUGUUGCUUCUCCAGAACUUGUGAAUGUGGCUAUACUGAAUCGACACAAAUUGCGUCGGAGCCGCUCAGCCACCGAUCUCAGUAGGCCUAAUUUUCACAGGCAAAAGUUUGUGCCUAAUUUGGAAUCAAUUCCUUCCACAAAGACAAAUUUCAAUCAGGCGAGCAUUUCUCAAAUGGUGAAAAAUAAUUUAGUGAAACAGGUGCAAAAAUCCACGAACCUACGAAGGAGCCUUUCGACGGGCGACAUCCGGAAAGAAUCUACUGCGAAUUCCAGUACCAGUUCCAAUCCAGCACAGCUCAAACGACAACUGACAGCGACUAGCAAUAUUAUACCACAGAAAACUUCUAAGUCGAGCGGAGGAACAACUGCUACUGGCAAAGUAUUUGGAACAACAAAACACAUUUCUGCCCCGGUUGCUGCUAAAAAACCAGUUAUGAAAAUCAAACCCAAAGCCGUCGUAACAAAAUCAUCGAUAGCAAACUCUAGUGUUUCCAGCGAAAAAUCUACAUCCUCUAGUGGGGGAGCUGCAAAAAAAAUCAUCAACAAAAGAAUCCCGCCGUAUGAUUACAAGGCGCGCUUCGCCGAUCUCACAGAAAAACAUCAAGUUCUUAAAGAAAAAUAUGAGAAUCUUCGACAGGCCAAUGCCGACUUGGAGUCGCUUCCUCAAAAGUACGAAGAGUGCCUCAACCAGUUAAAUAAACUCAAAGAAGAGCACUCGUGUCUACAAGAGGAUCAUCGGUCUGCGAUGCUUGACAAUAGUAAUCUCAAGGUGAAAAAUUCUGCACUGACCGCCAGUCUUAGUGAAAUCGAGGCUGAGUUACGUUUACUUAAAAAGCAAUACACGGAGGCUGAUAACGAACGGUUACAGUUGCGUGAACUCGUUAAGGCUCUUCAGGAGAAAUCCUCCAGUCUGGAACAACGCAAUGCUUCUCUGCUUCAAGAUAACGAAAAGAAAGCCGAAAUGCUUUUUAAGGCAAACCUCGAGAGGAAAGAUCUGCACAAUGCUGUCAUGGAUUUACGUGGUAACAUUCGCGUCUUCUGUCGUGUCCGUCCUCCUCUUGAGUCAGAAUUGGACCGACUGCAAUGUGGAUGGAAAUAUCUGGAUGAGCAAUCGGUGGAAAUUUAUGCAGCGGAUGCCAACAGCAAGCGAAUGGAGUUCAGCUUCGAUCACGUUUUUCACUCGAAAACAAGACAAGAAGAUAUCUAUGAAAAUGUGGCCCCUCUGAUACAAUCCGCGCUUGAUGGGUACAAUGUGUGCAUUUUCGCUUAUGGUCAAACCGGAAGUGGUAAAACUUACACGAUGGAUGGCGUGGCUGAAAACAUUGGUGUUAUUCCGCGGACAGUGGAUCUUAUUUUUAAUUCUAUCGAUGAUUACAAGCGGCUGGGCUGGAACUAUGAGAUCCGAGUCACCUUCUUAGAAAUCUACAAUGAAAUUUUGUACGAUUUGCUAGACUCCUCGGGGACAACAAAGGAGUUGGAAAUUCGCAUGGCUAAUGCAAAAAACAAAACCGAGGUGUAUGUUUCGAACAUAAUCGAAGAGACGGUAGAAUCGAAGGACCAAUUGCGCUUACUGAUGGAUAUCGCGAAAUCUAACCGAGCUACGGCGGCCACCGCUGGGAACGAGCGUUCGUCGCGAUCACAUGCAGUCACCAAAAUUCAGCUCAUCGGGACGCAUCAAGAGAAAAGCGAGAUCAGCGUGGGCUCAAUCAAUUUGGUCGACUUAGCGGGUUCGGAAAGCCCGAAAACGAGCACUCGAAUGGAUGAGACGAAGAACAUCAAUCGAUCACUCAGUGAACUGAGCAACGUGAUUCUAGCCUUGGUCCAGAAGAACGAACACAUCCCGUAUCGGAAUUCAAAGCUCACACAUCUGCUAAUGCCCAGUCUGGGUGGAAAUUCGAAAACACUUAUGUUUGUAAAUGUUUCCCCCUUCCAGGACUGUUUCAACGAAACGAUAAAAUCCCUACGGUUCGCUUCACAGGUGAACUCAUGCAAGCUCCAGAAAGUGCGUAAGAACAAGAUUCUGAACAAUUCUAAUCUAUUUUAAAAGCAAUAUGCAAUGUUUUCAUCCAGCGGUUCGAGGCAUUUUCAUGAUAUAUUAUUGUUUGAGUUUUAAGAUAAAUUUAUGUAUCCUUAAGUUAUUCAAACCACAUUAUCUUCUGACUUUGUAGCGAAACCAAAAUUGCAAGACUCGUUUAAAUCGUUUAAUAAACAUGUGUUAUGUAUA